AUGGCAAUAUCCAACUCGUGGAGACGUGCAGCUCUCGCCGCUACCAUCCUGCUGACUUUAUUCCUCCUGCUGCGGCAUUCGUCUCUCUCACCGAGCCUUCCUCCAGGGGAAGUUGCUGAAGGCAGACAACCCUCGAGACCCUACCCUCCUCCCAAGCCUCCGAAUAUCGUCCCGGGGGCUCAGCAGACAGUCCAGGAUGUGGCUGACAGACCACUGCGAGAGAGAUUACGAUACCAUUUCCCCUACGACAUUGAAGCCAAGUUCCCAGCGUACAUUUGGCAGACCUGGAAACACGAACCGGGUUCGGGCAACUUCGAGGAGAGACUACGACCCUUUGAGGCAUCCUGGUCGAAUCUACAUCCUGGCUUUGUUCAUGAGGUGGUAACGGACGAGGCCGCAAUGCACCUCAUCAGUUAUCUGUAUGCCUCAAUGCCCCAGAUUGUUCAAGCAUACGAAGCCAUGCCCCUUCCUGUAAUUCGCGCCGACUUCUUCCGCUACCUGAUUCUGCUUGCGCGUGGGGGGAUCUACAGUGACAUCGACACGCAGGCUCUCAAGUCUGCCAUGGAUUGGUUGCCGCAAAACCUGGACAAGACUACAGUGGGCUUGGUGGUGGGAAUUGAGGCUGAUCCGGACAGACCAGACUGGAAUGAGUGGUAUGCUAGAAGGAUACAGUUCUGUCAAUGGACGAUCCAAUCCAAGCCAGGCCACCCAGUUCUGAGAGAUAUUGUAGCCACCAUCACCGAAGACACAUUGGCCAUGCAAAAGGCUGGGGAACUGCGAAAGGGCAAAGAACCAGCCAAGAGCAUCAUGGAAUACACGGGACCUGGCGUUUGGACGGAUGCGCUGUUUUCAUACUUCAACAACGAAGAAUACUUUGAUUUCAGCGGCCGGAAAACGAAUGUGUCAUACCCUGAUUUUUUCGCCAUCACCGAACACAAGAAGAUUGGCGACGUGGUGGUGCUGCCAAUCACGAGCUUCAGUCCGGGCGUAGGCCAGAUGGGUUCGGAGGGACCUGAGCACCCCAUGGCUUUCGUGAGACAUGAUUUUGACGGUUCGUGGAAGCCCGAGAAUGAGCGCAUGAAGGACAAUUGA